AGUCCACACACACCAUAUCCAAAAAAAAUCUCAGUGUAUAAACGCAGCUCUUAUCCUACACCCGAACUUCGCCGCCUAAAAUGCGCACCCCUCUGAGGCGGCCACCAUGCCUUCCUCUCCAAUCUCCCUGGCCAAACUCCCAAUUCUCUACUUCUCCCACUUCCACUUCUUACUCUUCUUGUUGUUCAUUUCUCUUCAGUCUCAGACCCGGGCGCCUCCACUUCCUAAAGCCAUGCUCUUCCCUUAAAGAAACAAAGAAGCAAAAAACCCUCCAAAAUGCUCCCAACAACAAGGCCCCAAAGAGCCUCACAAGGCUUCUAAAUCUGAACCCAAAAGGUGAUGAUGAUGAUGAAAGUGGUGGUGAUGAGGGAGGUGGUUUGGGAGGUGAGAGUGCUGUUAAAGGUACAAUCUUGGCUGGUCUAUUGCUCGUGGGUGUUAUUGGUGGGUUUGGAGGUGUUGGAUACUUUUACAAGGACCAGAUCAAUGCCUUCUUGACGCAGUUUUCAGGCUUCAUUGAAGGUUAUGGACCAGCUGGAUAUGCUUUAUUUAUAGCUGUUUAUGCUGGAUUAGAAAUUCUUGCAAUACCAGCUAUCCCCUUGACCAUGUCAGCUGGUCUCCUAUUUGGUACUAUUACUGGCACUAUAAUUGUCUCAAUUAGUGGAACAGUGGCUGCAAGUGUUGCAUUUUUAAUAGCCAGAUAUUUUGCCCGUGAUCGUAUUCUUAAACUGGUGGAAGGAAACAAGAAAUUUCUUGCGAUUGACAAGGCAAUUGGAGAAAAUGGUUUUAGAGUUGUUACACUUCUCCGUUUAAGCCCUUUGCUUCCUUUUUCUCUUGGAAAUUAUUUGUAUGGGCUUACAUCGGUGGAGUUUGUUCCAUACGUCUUGGGAAGUUGGCUUGGAAUGCUUCCAGGAACAUGGGCUUACGUUAGUGCUGGUGCAUUUGGGAGAGCAAUAAUUCAAGAAGAAUCUGAUGUGGGUUUACCCGGAGGAAAUGGACAGCUAAUUACACUUGGGCUAGGACUAUUGGCAACAGCGCUGGCUGCAGCUUAUGUUACAAAACUAGCCAAGGAUGCUGUUAAAGAUAUUGAGUAGCUAGACAGCGGCCAAUGGUUACGACCGAAAUGAGCCAAGAAAACGACCGUUUAGAUUGUACAAUACAGAGAGGUGUUACUUCAUGUAAAUUUAAAUGUGUUGACAAAAUGUAAUUGGAAACGUCAAAUUUUUGAAUAGUAUCAUAGUUGAUACAUUGCACACAUAAAUAAGCAUGAUUCUACUCUCUUUUGCUCUCUCUA